AUGAUAUGUAAACGUUCAGCCAUCUAUGCCGAUACUAAUUCUUUGUCUCCUUUACAGAAUGUCAACGACAAUUCCUCCGUGAGCCAUCAAAGUCUCGCUUCAUCGACAACAAGCGUAGCCAGCUCAAUUCUCGAGUACCGCAUCGAGAACGGCCGGACGUAUCACAAAUACAAAGACGGAAGUAAGCUCUCGGACGCAACUAAUUUCAUGCUGCAGCAUCACUCACAAGACAAGAGUAUAAUCUGCCCAACGACGGUAAAGAAAUCGAUCGACUCGCACAACCUUUUCAUCCGGACCUUCGACGACAGACUAGGAACCGCACCACCCAACGCACGAGACUCUAACGUCAGGAGGGUCUUGGACGUGGGCACCGGUUCGGGUAUUUGGGCAAUCGACUUUGGUGAUGAGCAUCCCGAUGCUGAGGCAAGUCGUAGACUGAGUCACGGAACGAGCGUGCCGCCAAAUGUGCAGUUCCAGGUCGAAGAUAUCGAAGAGGACUGGCAUUUCUCGCUGCCCUUUGACUACAUCCACAGCCGAAUGAUGACGGGUAGCAUCGCAGACUGGAAGAUCUAUCUCCGCCGUUGCUUCGACAACCUCAACCCAGGAGGUUACCUCGAACUCAACGACAUUGAUGCAAUCCCCCUCUCCGAUGACGGCACCCUCACCGAGGAAUGCACCCUUAAGAAGAGCUUCAGCCUCUGGUCCGAAGCUAUCGCAACCCUCGGGUCCCCGUUUGAGAAGUUUAACCGCCUAGAAGGCGUCCUGGCCGAGGUCGGGUUCGAGGACGUUCGCGUUGAACGGUUCAAGUGGCCGACGAAUAGCUGGCCAAAAGACCCUAAGUUCAGGGAGUUGGGGAUCUGGAAUCAUGAAAAUAUUGCGCCACACUUGGAGGGCAUGUUCAUGGCUGGGAUUACCCGCGGGUUGAAGUGGACCGAGCAGGAGGUUCACGAACUUGCUGUCAAGGCGCGAAAGGACUUCGACGAUACGAGCAUACAUGCUUACUUCCAGAUCUGGUCUAUCUUUGGGAAGAAGCCCGUGAAGGCUUGA